AUGAACGCUCCUAUUGAGCUCCUCAAGCGAGCGGGCAACGAGGCCCUGCGCGUCAACCCUACUGUCGCUGACAUCGACAUCACCACCCAUGGCUCCGACUUCCUCUGGGCUGUCUUCUCCGUCAUGGCCGCUACCGGCCUCGGCACCAUGAUUUGGUCGCUCAAGCUCUCCCGCGGCGAGCGCGCCUUCCACUACCUCUCGGCUGCCAUCCUGGCCACCGCUUCGGUCGCCUACUUCUCGAUGGCCUCCGACCUUGGCGCUACCCCCGUCACCGUCGAGUUCACCAACUACGGCCCCGCCGAGGUCAACGGCGCCCGCCCCACCCGCUCCAUCUGGUACGCCCGCUACAUCGACUGGACCAUCACCACCCCCCUCCUCCUCCUCGAGAUCCUCCUCGUCUCCGGCCUUCCCCUCUCCACCAUCUUUGUCACCAUCUUCUUCGACCUGGUUAUGAUCAUCACCGGCCUCAUCGGCGCCCUCGUCCAGUCCACCUACAAGUGGGGCUACUACACCAUGGGCUGCGUCGCCAUGUUCUACGUCUUCUGGGUCAUCUACGGCCCUGGUCUCAAGUCCGCCGCCCACCUCGGCGACGACUUCAAGAAGGCCUACCUCUACUCCUCGCUCCUCCUUACCAUCCUCUGGACUCUGUACCCCAUCGCAUGGGGUCUCGCAGAUGGCAGCAACACAAUCUCGCCAGACGGCGAAAUGGUCUUCUACGGUGUUCUUGACCUGCUCGCCAAGCCCGUCUUUGCGCUUUUCCACAUGUUUGCGCUUCGCAAGUGCAACUACUCCUCGCUUCACCUCAAGAGCGGCAAGUUCUCCGACUACGAGGACCUUGCCGGCAACCACGCUCGCGCCAUCGAGGCUGGCAAGGCCAGCGAGGCCGGUCUCGCCGGUUCGGACGGCACUGUCAACGGCACUGGCAUCGGCAACGGCGUUGGCAACGGCACCAACACCCUCAACCCUGCCCCCGCCAUGCGCCAGGCUCACGCUACCCACUCGACUACUACCAUCUUCCCCUAA